AUGAGUCAUUCCUUCCGCCUACUAUUACCUGCAACCACAAAACAAGAUAGGGGACCGCCAGUAGGGUCGCAGCAGAAGAGAAAGAUACGAGCCCAAGCAUGCGAAGCUUGUCGCUUAUACAAGACCAAGUGUAGUGGCGAGCGACCAACAUGCGCGGCCUGCCUGACACGCAUGGCCACCUGCAGGUACGUAGAGUCAGAAGCACGUCAAGCGAAACGAAAGUAUGAAGAUCUUCGAAAGAAACAGUCUACGCAUGAAGAACUGCUCAGUCUCAUGAGAAUGCUACCCGAACAGGAUGCCCUUGACCUCUUCCGUCGCGUAAGAGCUGGAGAAGACGCUGGGUCGAUCUUGAGCUAUACCAGAGACGGUGAUCUACUGUUGCAAAUGCGCCUCAUACCAGAGACUCGCCUCAGCUACGAGCUUCCGUACAGCCGUGACUUUCCAGCAAGGCUUCUAGUAUCGGAGAGUCCUUAUCUUAACUCAACAAUCUAUGAAGUGGCCUCGCAGCGUGCCCCAUACUCAGAGAUCAGCGAGGUCACAGCGACAGAGCCUCAACGACGGAUCCUUCCAGGCAUUGAUUCAUUAGUGUAUCAAAGCCAGUACGUCAAACCUUACCACGCAGCAGCUUUUGUCGAACCUCGACUAAACGCUGCGAGACCAUCUGAGUGGACUACUGUUUGCAAAGACGAUGCAUUAUUGCGGGAUCUACUGGCUGCGUAUUUUAUGCAUGAAUACCACCUCUUUCCAGCCUUUCACAAAGACUAUUUCCUGGAAGACAUGGCGACUGCACAAUCAGAUCGGCGGAGAAUGUCCUGUUGUUCAGCGUUGUUGGUAAAUGCCACCUUAGCGUACGCAUGCUGCUGCUAUAAAAAACUUCCGAAUCGCUUCAAAUAUUGGGAACCUGAGGGUCUCGGUUAUCGAUUUCUCGCCGAGGCAAGGAGGAUCUGGGAAUUACAGACCAUCAAUGGUAGGAACCGCACACUCACAUCAAUCCAGGCCGCGUUGAUGAUCAACAUCGUUCACAAUCUUUUCGGCUUGGACAAGCUUGGCAAUCUCUAUGGGCUGCAAGCUCUUGCUAUCGCCAGAGAGAUGCUGCUAUUUGACGGAAAUGCGGAUGAUACGUGCGAACGAGUACGCCAUGCUAAAAACUUCACUGCAUGGUGUCUGUUCAACACGGACAGUAUUAGUUACCUCAACUGGCAAUUCUUUCGCCCACCCUUCCUGUCUGAAGCGCCAAAGUUUAGGCUUCCUGAUCCCUCCGUGGAAGCAACAUGGUAUGGUGAGAUAUGGACCAGAUACCCGUUAAGCCCAACACUAUCGCAGGCACACUUUGGACAUUAUUUCACGGCGAUAUCCCAUUUCAGGGUGAUUCUUGGCGAGCUGUGCCAUGCAUCAUUUGGCAAGAACUCAAAGUUACCAGCACAGCAAGCGAUGAUAUUUGUACGUCGACUGCUAGAGUGGUUUCAAACCCUGCCUACGGUCCUCAAGCCUAUGCAUAUUGUCCUUCCGGCUCAUUUCCUUAUGCACCUCGAUUACCAUAUCGUUCUCAUGACUAUCUGCCAGCCUUUCACUCAUGAUCAGUGGGACGACAGACUUGAGCCUCGCAACAUUGUUCUCGCUGCGGAACGAGAUAUCAACGUCCUCCUACGUUUGUACUAUUAUCGACAUGGGUUUGUAGGCGCGGACUCUUGGCUCACAGCCCCGCUUGCGAAAAUAGGCUUCUCAUCUUUACACAGCAUCAACGAUCAGACCAGUCCAGAAGACCUUGAGUAUCUCCGGUCAAGCCUUUUUCUUGCUCUCAGCGGGCUCCGCGAACAAGGCCGCAAUUACUACAUAUCGAAGACAGUGUAUCACAUCAUCAAAAAUCAGGUUCGGCCUGAAGAAGCAGGGCUCCUACUGGGGUCAGAGGACCCUCAGUCAGUGGCCGAUGAAAAUCCUGGCCUAAUUGGUGAGGUUCAAUCAGCGUGGGUUCCCCGCAUUAUCGAUAUUUCGGAUGACCCGGUUGCACAAGAAUUGUCAGAUUUAGCCAAACAAUUCCUGACAUUGAAAGACGGUGGUCAGGACGAUGAUGGAUCAGUUCACGGUUCGUCGUUGUCGGCAUGA